GGCCGGGCCGAGCCUGGCCGCUGAGGCCAAGCGCAUGGCGGACCCUCUCAGGAGGACGCUGUCCAGGCUCCGGGGGCGAAGGGGUCCCCGCCCCGCCGGGGGGCUCGGGCUCCGGGCGGCCGCUGCGGCUGCCGAGGGGGACGCCGGGGGUGCGGCGGCCGGGUCCCCGCGCGAGGCUGCGGGCGGCGCCAGGCUGGGCCCGGGGCGGCCCCCGCUCUUGGGGUCGCCUCGGGCGGGGCCUCGCGAGGCGCGGGUCCGGGGAGGGCGGCCGCGCAGCGGGAAGGAGGCUGCCGCCCCGCGCCGCGGGCCCCCGCGCGCCCCCCUGCACGCCCGGCCGGGAUCCGGGGGCUGCGGCGCGGACGAGGACGGCGCCGACUACUACGAGAACCUGCCCGGCGGCUGCCAGCCCGCGCCGGAGCCCCAGCCGGAGGGGGCGGGGGCGGAGCGGGGGCCCCCGGCUCCCCCGGCGGCCGGCUCCUCCCCGGGGGCGGAGGGCGGCCGCCAGGAGACGGGCAGGCUGCAGACCCAGUUGCGAGAGGCCUAUUAUCUGCUGAUCCAGGCCAUGCACGACCUGCCCCCUGACUCGGACGCGCGGCGGAGCGACCGCGGCUGGGCCGGUCGCCGCUGCCCUGCGGGGACCCGGGCUCCGGGCCAGCCGCCUUCCCCCUGCGGCGCGGCGCACCGCCGAGCCUGCCCCCAAGCCGGGGAGCGGGGAGGCGGCGGCCGCCCCUGGCGGCAGCAGGUGUCCCCGCCCCGGUCGCCUCCGAGGGAGUUGGGGGCAGGCCGCUCGCGGACGCCUCGCAUGUGGCUGUCCUGCAGCAGAAGCCUGGACAGCCUCCGGGUGAGUGCCAAGCCGCCUCCCUUGCAGCGGUGGCGGAGCGACAGCUGGAUCAGGUGCGGCGCGCGCGGGGACCCGGACGAGCCCCCGCCACGUGGAGGCGCGAUGCACGGCUGGAGCGGAGGCGGCCCCCGGGCCGCGGCGCCCCCCGGCCGCCGCAGUCCCAGCUCCCCGGACCCCGGCCGCUCCUCGGGAAGCCCUUUCCGGGACCCCGCGGGGUCCUCGGUACUCCACCGCGGCAGAGACGGCCCGCAGGGGCUCCCCUACCUCAAGCCGCCUGCAGUGACAGUCAGGAAGCUGCAGAAGUGGAUGUACAAAGGCCGCCUCCUGUCCCUGGGAAUGAAGGGUCGCACCCGUCGGACACCACCCGAAGUCCCGGGAGUGCAGGCAGCCUCUCCAGAUCUGGGCGCUUUGCAAGUGCGAGAAAGCCACGUCCUCUCUGUGCCUCCGGACCAAAGAAUUAGGCUGACAGAUUUAUUUGAAAACGUCUAUGCAUCUUCCGGGGAGAGAAGAGAACUGGAGGAGCUGCGUGGUGACAGUGGCGUCCGGCGUCACGAGCCACUCAGCAGCAUCACUGUGUCAAAGAAGCGCAACUGGCUGUAUCAGAGCAGCCCGAGAUCCCAAGACCCGAGACCCCAAGACAGAGGCCGUCUCCCCUCCUCUCCUGCUUCUCCGCCGCAACAUCAGCGCUCACGACCUUUGCUCAGGGCGGCCGAAGACUCGUGCACCCGUGGGGUGUGUAAGGCUCCAAACUGGUCAUUGUCAGGAACCUGUUCCUUGGACUUUAGUGAAGGAAAUGAUGCGGAUGAUGAAGGAGAGAUAUGGUACAACCCCAUUCCUGAGGACGAGGACUCUGCCGCGCCCCAUUCCUUGAGUUUCGGCGAGGCAGACUCUGCCCUCCUGAGGCCUCCCGCAGUCCCUUCGAGAGGAUUAUCCGGAAGUGACCUGAAGGAAACAGAGCAGCACCCUGGGGACGUGAGCGCUUCUGAUCCCGCAGACAGUGUCCAGACCUCGCAGACCACGCAGUCCAAGGAAGCGAGUCCCGCAGAUUCCAUCUCUUGCCCGGAGUGUGUGCAGCGGUGCAAGCAAAUGUGCGGACCCGAGACACAGGGAGGGUUCGCGGAAGAGGAGAGUGCCGGGGCGAGACCUCCUUUUGCAGGUCCUGGGAUCCUAGCUGCUGCAAAUGAGACUGAACUGGGAGUUUCAGAACCGUCUUCUCCAAGCCCUAGCCCCGUGAAAAAAGGCGGUUCAGUUAAUUGGUCUUUCCCCGAUAAAAUAAAGUCUCCACGAACUGUGAGGAAGCUUUCCAUGAAAAUGAAAAGGUUGCCAGAACUUAGCCGAAAACUGAGUGUGAAAGGGAGCUUGAAUUACAUGCCUAGUCCAGAGAGCCCUCCUUCCUUGUCGAAGUGGAACUGUCAGGAAAUGGGUCACGCCGUUAUCCCCCCUUCUGGGACCACAAGCACGGCGGCUAAAAGGAAUGUGAUAAGCCGGUACCAUCUCGACACCAGUGUGUCGGCUCAGCCCAGCGACCGGCAGGAAAGCGCUGUGAGCCCCAAGUCUGCCUCCAAAGGGGGUUACCUCAGUGACGGCGACUCACCCGAGCUGAUAGCUAAGUCUAGCAAACAUGCAUCUGAAAAUAAGUUUGCAAAAGGAAAAGAAGUAACCCCAAAUACUUGCAGCAAGAAUGAAAUAGACAUUGAUGCUUUUAGGCAUUACAGCUUCUCGGACCAACCGAAGUGUCCCCAGUACAUAUCUGGGCUCAUGAGUGUGCAUUUCUACGGGGCUGAGGACCUAAAACCACCUCGGAUGGAUUCGAAAGAUGUCUUUUGUGCGAUUCAGGUGGAUUCGGUAAACAAAGCCAGGACAGCUUUGCUCACGUGUCGGACAGCGUUUUUAGACCUGGAUCACACUUUCAACAUCGAAAUCGAGAAUGCACAGCAUCUGAAGUUAGUGGUGUUCAGCUGGGAGCCCACGCCGAGAAGGAACCGCGUGUGUUGUCACGGGACCGUUGUGCUGCCCUCCUUGUUCAGAGUGACAAAGACGCAUCAGCUGGCCGUCAAACUUGAACCGAGAGGUCUUAUUUAUGUGAAAGUGACCCUUUUGGAACAGUGGGAGAAUUCACUUCAUGGACUAGAUGUAAAUCGAGAACCAGUAAUAUUUGGUGUUGAUAUUCGAAAAGUUGUGGAGAAAGAAAACAUAGGCUUGCCGGUACCACUCCUGAUUCAGAAAUGCAUUAUGGAAAUUGAAAAGAGAGGCUGUCAGGUCGUAGGCCUGUACCGAUUAUGUGGCUCAGCAGCAGUCAAGAAGGAACUUCGAGAGGCUUUCGAGAGGGAUAGCCAAGCUGUUGGUCUGUGUGAAAGCCAGUACCCAGAUAUAAAUGUAAUAACAGGUGUCCUUAAGGAUUAUUUAAGAGAACUUCCUUCUCCUCUGAUAACAAAGCAGCUUUAUGAGGCUGUGUUGGAUGCAAUGGCAAGAAAUCCGUUGAAGAUGUCGCCAAACGGUUGUGAGAAUGAUCCAGCUGACUCCAAGGGCACGGUCCACCUGCUGGACUGUCUGCCCGCUGCUGAGAAGGCAACCCUAAUGAUGUUGCUGGAUCAUUUGAAAUUGGUGGCUUCUUACCAGGACGUGAAUAAGAUGACUUGCCAGAAUUUGGCUGUGUGCUUUGGACCAGUGCUGUUAAGUCAGAGGCAAGAGACUUCCACCCAUAACAACAGAGUCUUUACCGACUCAGAAGAACUUGCUACUGCUUUGGAUUUUAAAAAACACAUUGAAGUGCUUCAUUACUUACUUCAGCUCUGGCCAGUGCAACGUUUAACUAUCAAAGAGUCAGCAGACAGUUUGUUCCCAGAGCAGAAGUCUUCUCUGAAUUAUCUUCGGCGGAAGAAAGAACGACCUCACCUGUUAAAUUUGAGGGGCACCGGUCCAUGCAGAGCACUGAGGCCAAGGCCAACCCGGUUAGACAGUCCACUUAGUAAUCGUUAUGCAGGGGACUGGAGCAGCUGCGGAGAAGACUACCUUUUAAAUACAAAAGAAGCUUUUAGGAAUGUGGAUUAUGAUGACGUCCCCACGGAAGACAGAGAAAAUGCAGAAAACUGUAGCAAAAUGUAUGACCCAGACAUCAUGAUGCAACAGCCAGCUCCCGCUUCGGAAGGGUGUCCAUUUCAGACGUAUUUGACCAUGCAGACCGCUGGGUCCACGGUGGACCCCACCGUCAAUCUCAGAGAUCUCCAAGAGAGUAUUGAUACUUUGCUUGGAAAUCUGGAACGUGAGCUCAGCAAAACCAAGCUUGCUAUGAGUGCUUGAGUUUUAUUUUUUUCGUAAUGUCUUAAGUUUCACGUCAGUCUUUCUCGCUUUCUUAUAUUUCUCACCAUCAUGUUUAAAUUGUUUUACUCUUGAAACCCGUCAGUUACUAAGCAGUUCAUGUGACUCAGUUAAAAACACCAUUCAUUAAUAUAAUUCUACUUAUUUCCUUAGAACCUUUUUCUUGAGAUAAAGAUAACUUGGACCUCUCGAGGAUAUUUUAUUAAAUCUUGCCGAUUCGGUGGAGGUAACUUUAAAGUGCACUUCUAAGGUUCAGAGAAGUUACUAGUCCCUCAAGACUUUUGUGCUUUAUAGGAAGUGCUUUUCUGGAGCUGAAACAUCUUCCUUCUAGAGGAAGCUUGUGGCUGGCUGCCCAGUCCGGUCUGCAGGAUGAGUCCAUGCAUACUGCAACGUCAUUCCAUCGCAUUGCGUUUGCAAUGCAAAUGCUGCUGGAAGAAAACCUUUUUAUAAAUAAAAGUAAAAUUAUACAACUAUUAAUGUAUUCUGUAUUAACAUUCAGUAAUUAUUUAAGCUUAUAAAAUUAAGUAUUUUUAUAAUCCCCAAAAGAUGUCUAUAGUUAUAAUACAUAUAUGUAUAGGUAUUAGAAUGGGGGAGGUGUUGACUGCAGAGGCACAUGUAUCUUUAAAAUAUAUGUCAUGAGGCCAAAAUCAUUCAGGGAAAGAACAUUUAAAGGAGUAUUUGCAUAAAAAUAACUUGAACCAAAACACUUUAAGAACAUCUGAAUAGAAAAAAUACUUUCUUUUUUUGAUUCAUAGAAAGUCACAAUAUCCCCAGGGAGAAGUCAUCCUUUAAAUUGAAAUCUUCUAACUUUUUAAGGGGUUAAGUGCUUAGAUUUCUACACUGGUGACUUAAAUUAAAAAAUCUUUGACUGGAGUUCCCGUCGUGGCUUAGUGGUUA